AAGGGUGGCCGCCGGCGGUGGGCGAUGCGAUGGCGACGCCGUCAACGAAGGCGACGUGAGAGGCGGGGAGUGGAAGGAGGAGUAGUUCCUUUUCUGUUUUUAAUCGUUCCCUUCUUCCUUCUCUUCCUCGUGAUUGCCUGUCGACCCAUGACUUUGACCGCCCACGCCCACGCGCCCACCGCCUGUUGGUUCUUGGGCGCCUCAGGGAACCCGAUGCGUAGCUGCGUACAAGUUUUGGUAUAAUCUAAACUAAACAUUGUGGCGCCCGGGAGGCGAAAGGAGUGGGGAGUGAGGAGGAGGUGCAAGCUGCUCUCUUUGUUAUGUUCCCUGUUCUGAAGCGUCACUGGCCAGUACAAAGCUGACUCCAAAAGUGUGCCAAGCGUGGGACCAAAAUAGACUAGAGUCUAGAGGGAAGAAGAUAGAAGAGCAAUGGUGGGAGGGAGAGUGAUGAGCGAGGAGUUAAAAAUGAGUUUUUUAUGCUUAAUAAAGGAGGCGUUGUUUUUGCGAAUGUGGUGGCGCCGCUGCUUUAAUGGGUUGGGUAACAAUAAGAUAUCUGCCGUUGCUGCUGCUCCUGCAAUAGGACCUCGAGUAGGAGAAAGGAGGAAAUUGGGAUCGUCACCGGCCGUGCUGCUUGUGCUGCUGCCGGUGGAGAAAAGGGGGCGCCUUCUUUAUGGCGGCGAUGGCGGAAGGGCAGGAGAGCGAGAAAGGUCUCUAUGCAAGGGAUCCACUCUAUGAGGAGCUGUGGAGGGCUUGCGCCGGGCCUCUGGUGGAAGUGCCAAGGGCCAAGGAGAAGGUCUUCUAUUUCCCACAGGGCCAUAUGGAACAGUUGGAAGCAUCGAUGAAUCAGGAGUUGAAUCAGCAGAUUCCUCUCUUCAAUCUCCCUUCAAAGAUUCUCUGCAGCGUUGUUGAUGUUCGACUGAAAGCUGAUCCUGAAACGAAUGAAGUGUUUGCUCAAGUAGUUCUUCACCCAGAAGUGGAUCAACAUGAAGUUCCAAGUCCUAAUGAAUGUUUUGUGGAGGCAAGACCCAAAGUGUACUCUUUCUGUAAGAUUUUGACAGCCUCAGACACUAGCACUCAUGGUGGAUUCUCUGUUCUUAGAAGGCAUGCCACUGAAUGCCUUCCUCCACUUGACAUGUCACAACAGAUUCCAACUCAGGAACUUGUGGCCAAGGAUCUUCACAACUUUGAAUGGAGAUUCAAGCACAUCUUCAGAGGUCAACCACGGAGACACUUGCUCACCACUGGAUGGAGUACCUUUGUCACAUCUAAGAGAUUAGUUGCCGGAGAUGCAUUUAUUUUCUUAAGAGGGGAGAAUGGAGAACUGCGUGUGGGGGUAAGACACCUUGCUAAGAAACAAACAACAAUUCCGGCCUCAGUCAUAUCCAGCCAGAGCAUGCAUCUUGGUGUGCUUGCAACUGCCUCGCAUGCUUUUACAACUCAUACUCUCUUUACUGUCUACUACAAGCCAAGGACAUGUCAAUAUAUUGUAAAUGCCAACAAAUACUUAGAAACAUUGAAAGUUGGAUACAAUCUGGGGACUAGAUUUAAGAUGAAAUUUGAGGGUGAAGAUGUUCCUGAAAAAAGAUUUUCUGGGACCAUUAUUGGGUUUGAAGAUCUUUCUUCUCAGUGGAAAGAUUCUAAAUGGAGAUCCUUGAAGGUUCAAUGGGAUGAGGCUACUAAUAUUGAGCGACAUAAUAGAGUUUCUCCUUGGGAAAUUGAGCCUUUUAAUGCCUCUAUGCCUUCUGAAAAUGUCCCGCUGCCGGUGAUUGUCAAGGACAAAAGAUCAAGGCAGCCUAGUGAUAUUAAGGAUAUCUCAGCCUUUGGACCGACUGAGCUACAAGAUUUAGCUGCCUUAAUUAGCAGAGGUUCAGAACUUGACGAAACACAAGAAACUUGGUUAUCUAUUAAAAAAGGAUGCAAGAGAAACAAUAUCAUAUGCAUGACAAGUUCACAGGACUCUUUAAUGUUUGAUGGUUGGUUGAAGGAAGCCCAAUCUCCUGCUAAGAGCUCAGGUUCCUCACUAACUUCACUCAAACUAUCCCAAAAAAUAUGUGAAGAGACCAAGUGCAUGACUGAGCCUGCCCUUAAGUUAGGAAAUGUCAUGGAGUACCCGAAGAAACCUGAAGGCAGUACUGCCAAUUACCGCUUAUUUGGGAUCGAUUUGUCUAAUCACUCAAACAACAUAGCAGACUCCAAGGUAGCAGUGACAUUUCCUUUCAGCAAAAAUAGUGUGCCUUUUGAGCAUCAUUCUGCAAAGCUAUCUACUCCUUUGGAAGACUCUAAACGUAAGUUGGGGCUUUCCAAAACUUCAAAAGAUCAAAAACAAUCCCCACAAGAUGGUUCAAAGGAGAUCCAUGGACGACAAACUUGUCUAGCUAGAAGCCGUAUCAAGGUUCAUAUGCAAGGCAUUGCAGUAGGCCGAGCUUUGGAUUUGACAGUACUAGAAGGAUACAAUCAACUGAUAACAGAGCUGGAAGAAAUGUUCAAUAUCAAAGGGGAACUUCACCAGAAUAAAUGGGAAGUUAUCUUCACUGAUGAUGAGGGUGAUAUGAUGCUAGUUGGUGAUGACCCUUGGAUGGAAUUCUGCAAAAUGGUCAGGAAGAUUUACAUCUACCCUACUGAAGAGGUGAAGAAAAUUAAGCCUUUCGGCGGUCAUACUUCAGCAGUGGAUGAUGAAGAAAUCCUUUUUUAAGGGUACAGGAAUCAUGAACUGAAGGGAUGAGUACUAACAUCAUUCGUUUACUCACCAAUGCAAUGCAGUUAACGUGAAAGUCAUGAGAAUUUGCAACUCAUGUUCUUUAGGAGCUUGUAGAAAUAAAUUGCAGACAUGAAAUGCUGCAGUCAAUGCGGAGAACUACUUUUAGUAUCAUAUCUAUCCGUCUGUUUAUCUAUCUUAUCAAGAUUGUAGAGUUCAUAAGUUUAAAGUAUGAAGACAAUAUAUUUCUAUUGUGUUUAAACUAUUGUUUGGAGUUGCUUGCUUUCCUGAUUCUGCAA